GAAAAUCAAAAGAAGAGAAAAAGGAAAAGAAAAUGUGGCGUAUAAUCGUGGUUUUGCGACGGAAUCUGCGGAACAUGAAGAAGAGUCCCCGAGUGGCCGAUGAAAACAUGUACGGAGGGGGAAGGAGUAACAACUUCGACGGUGUUAAUGGAGGUGCCGGCGGCGAGAUGCCGAUCAGUAUAAACGGGACAGGCUCAGGUGGAUACGGGAAUGGUCUUUCUUUAGUUUCUUCUUGCUUCUCGCAACCACGUGUUAAUGGAGUUGAUGGAGUUUGGGUGUCGACUGAGUUUGCUCAGAUAUCGGAGAUGAAUCAUUUUAUGGUCAGAGACAGCAUGCGUUAUGCAAUCUUAAUGUAAUCAAACAAAUACAGGAAACAGAUGUAAGUAGU